AUGAAGGAAGCUGAAGAAACCUUUGGUACUUAACCAGAACCCAGCCACUUGGCCAUUAAAGUGAACUCCAUCCUGGGGCUCCCCUCCAGAUAGCCUGCCACUGGGCAGCCAAGGCCAGUGUGUGGGGCCUUCAGUCUUUCCUCCCUCCUCCCCUCAAUCGAUCCAUCAGUCCUUGGCAGCCUGGAUUCCUUUCCCCAAACUCCUAGCACGAACUCAUUCUCUAUCCUGAUGGAUCAGCUACGGCAGUUUUGGGCCGACCACUUCUCCCGCCGUUUCACACCCAGGCGACCCCCACUGCGCCAUUUCUCCUCCAUGUCCACCUUCUACCUGUUGGACCACCAAACUCGCCAGGCUGAGCUAGGUCUCAGUUAUGGUCCUCCUCGCACUCAGCUCAGUGACCAGGCCUUUGUCUUCCAGGCUGGGAAGUGGGUGAUGGAAGGAGGGUGCACAGGUAACUUGCAACCCUUGAACCUCACUGCCUACUGGAAGCAUCCUGUCCACCAGGGCAAGAACAAGACAUUGCUGGAAGAAAAUAACUAUUUGAAGCUCCAACAAGAACUGCUCAUGGAUAUGCUGACAGACACCACAGCCCGGCUGCAACUGCUGGAAAAGAAGCUAGAUGUGGAUACAAGCCCUUUGGCUACUGCCUAUGUCUGGCAGAAGAUGAGAAAGAGGAAUGGAGUGCAGUUGAUAGACCCCAUGGCCCUUUUCCCCAGGUGA